AUGGCCCAGCUCACGAGACUCGCCAAAGAAGCACCACCCUUCUACAAGAGCCACAGCCUCCUCAUCCUCCGUUUGCUUAUCAUUCUAGCAUACUUGAUGCUUGCUGUAACUCUUGACUUUCACGCUGCUAUUAUGAACGUCACCAAGCUGUGCCUGCAUGGGAUGAAUGUCAGUGGCGUCCAAAGAGAUCAGAACGACAGACAUGGGGCAGACCAGCGACCAGAUUCUGACAAGCCGCGCGGCGUCAUUCUUGGACUUUGCAAUGCUGUCAUUGAACUUGGUUGUACUGUGGCAACCCCCUUCAUCAGUUCCACCAGUAACCGCUGGGCCCGCCGUUUUGGCAUCUUCUUUGGCGCUGUCAUCAUGCUGGUUAGCGGUGUGAUCCAGGGUGCUUCUGUCAACAUCACAAUGUUCGUGGUGUCACGCUUUACCAUCGCCUUCGGGCUGGUUUUUGCCAAUACCUACGCACCAAUGUUGAUUGGGGAGCUGGCUCAUCCCAAGGACUGGCAGCCUGAGCAAGCCAAGGCCUUCCUCUUCAAGUACCAUGGCAACGGUGACGGCAAGUCGCAACUAGCCGAUCUGGAGUAUCGCGAGAUGCGCGCCGUAAUCGAGGCCGAAAUGGCGAACAAUACCGGCUGGCGUUUUCUGCUAAAGACCCCUGGUAAACGCCGCCGCAUUCUCGUCCCUGUGCUCCUCGGCCUGUUCUCGCAAUGGUCCGGCAACGGUCUAGUCUCGUACCAUCUCGUGCGUGUGCUCGAAACAGCUGGCAUGACUAACAAGCACCAUUUCAUCAUCUUGGUAGCGGGCAUGCUUGCUGUGUUCAGCGCGCAGACGCUCUGCGCGGGGCUCUACAACGAGCGCGGCAUCAAGUCAGCAGGGGCUGAGGGCUUUUCGGUACUCAUGUUCUUCAACAAAGGGUCGGGUUUCGUCAACGGAUUCGUCAAUCCUAUUGGGCUGCAGGCCUUAUGGUGGAAGUACUACAUCGUGUGCGUCGUGUGGCUGGUCGUGGAGCUGGCGUGCGUGUACCUGUUCUCCCCCGAGACGUCUGGGCGCAGUCUUGAGGCCAUUGCUGAGGUGUUCAAUGGACCCCUUCUCGUCGAUGCGGAGAAGACGCGGUACGUAAACGGCCUGCAGGACGUCAAGAAGGGCUAG